UAAAGCCUGUCAUAUGACUGUGACACCCAUGGAGACGGUUACAAGGAACAAGAUCGGCUCUCGGAUUUAAAAACAACAACAACAAGAAAAGAAAAGGGACGAAAACAAAUCCCGGACCGACUUUAUGUGUCUGCCGGGUCCGACAUGCCUCCGACUCUCUUCCAGAAACUUUUCAACAAGAGGAAUGCGUUUUCGUCGCCGCCCCCGAGAUGCAGCAAAGGGGACCCCGCGUUCAGCUGGCCGAUCCCCCAGCUUGAGCCCAGUCAGAUCCGGCUGAUCGUCUACCAGGACUGUGAGAGGCGCGGGAGGAACGUCCUCUUUGACUCCAACGCCAAGAAGAAGAGCACGGAGGAAACCCCCAUCACCAGCACCGAGGGCCAGGCGAAGAUGUUCGGGAAAUGCUGCCAGCUGCGUCCGACUGGAGGCAGCAGCAGCUCCCUGGACUCCUCCUCCUCGUGCACCUCGGAAACCAAGGAAACCAAGGAGCAGGGCAUCCGCUUCCAGGGUUCCAGGUGCUCGUCCGACGUGGUGAUGUUGGGGGAGAUGAUGUUCGGCUCCGUGGCGAUGAGCUACAAGGGCUCCACGCUGAAGAUCCACCAGAUCAGGUCGCCGCCUCAGCUGAUGCUGAGUAAGGUCUUCACGGCCAGGACGGGAGGCAGCGUGUACGGCAGCCUCAACACGCUGCAGGACAGCCUGGAGUUCAUCGGGCAGGACGGCAACGCCUUGAGGCCCGAUCCAAACGCGGGGCCCAACGGCCCCCUGGGCAACAUAGGAUUUUCUCAGCUCUGCAGCCCGAGACGGGCGUUCUCUGAACAGGGCCCUCUGCGCCUCAUCAAGAGCGCCUCUUUCUUUUCAGGCCACAGCCACCCCAUGGACAUGCCUGGCCGAGGGCUUCACGACGAGAGGGACAGCGGCAUCGCCAGGUCGGCGUCUCUGAGCAGCCUGUUGAUCACCUCCUUCCCGUCUCCCGGCUCCUCGCUGACCAGCAGCUGUGCGUCCAGCUACCAGCGCCGGUGGCUCCGCAGCCAGACCACCAGCCUGGAAAACGGCGUCUUCCCCCGAUGGUCCGUGGAGGAGAGCUUCAACAUGUCGGACGAGAGCGGCGGCCCGAGCCUCGGCGUGGCCCGCAAGAAGAAGAUCGCCAUCGGGGUCAUCUUCACGCUGUCGCCCAACGCCGGCGAGAACAGCCGCUUCCAGGACUUCUUCUUCUCCCACUUCCCCCUCUUCGAAAGCCACAUGAACAAACUCAAGAGCGCCAUCGAACAGGCCAUGAAGAUGAGCCGGCGGUCAGCUGACGCCAGCCAGAGGGCCUCGGCGUACAACCGGAUGGUGGACGGCCUCAACGAGUUCAGGAUGACCAUCUGCGACCUCUACACCAUGCCCCGGGUGGCCGAGCCCGUCUGGUUGACGAUGAUGUCCGGCGCGUCGGAGAAGAACCAGCUGUGCGGCCACUUCAUGAGGGAGCUGUCGCUGCUGAUGGAGCAGGCCUCCAAGAACCAAUUCCUCCCCGCGUUGCUGACGGCCAUCCUGACCAAUCACCUGGCCUGGGUGCCCACCGUCAUGCCCAACGGGCAGCCGCCAAUCAAGAUCUUCCUGGAGAAACACUCCUCCAAGAGCGUCGACCUGCUGGCAAAGACGCACCCCUACAACCCGCUGUGGGCACAGCUCGGAGACCUGUACGGGUCCAUCGGGUCCCCCGUGCGGCUGUCGAGGACCGUGGUGGUGGGCCGCCGCCAGGAGCUGGUCCAGAGGCUCCUCUACGUCCUCACCUACUUCAUCCGCUGCUCCGAGCUGCUGGAGACGCACAUGCUGGACAGCGCCGAGGACGAGGCCAUCGUCAUGCCCGGCUCCCUCAUCACCACCUCCCUCCGGAAGGGAGAGGUGGAGGAGUCGGACUACGUCCUGGUCACCGUCCACAAACCCGGCGGGGACUACCUGUCCCACGGCCGGCCGACCGAGGCGGAGGACGGCAGCUACCCGUCAGACAACAGCCUGCAGAGCAGCGCGUACACGGACACGGAGGUGGAGGGCGGCACCGGGGACGCACCCAAGGAAGAGGAGGAGGAGGAGGAGGAAGAGGAGGAGGAGGAAGAGGAAGAGGACAGCAGUGAGAGUCAAGGGUCUGGGAGCAGUGUUCUUCAGACGGGACCGAGCCAGGGUAGCGACCCCGUUAUCAGGACCGCAGAAGCAGGUGAACCCGGGGAGUCCAGCAGGGAGUCCAGCAGCCCUCUGGCCUCCGAGGCCCGGCUGGAGACGGUGCUGCCGGUCGGCUCGGCGUCCCCAAGGGAGCAGGUCUGUGUGCUGGAUGCAGAGACCAAGGGGGACCUGAGACUCACCGUCCCACCCGCACCCCUUUCGUCAGCUCCGUCCCCGACUCCUGUCCCCUCAGAGGCUGGGAUGGAUGCCGGCACGGGGAGCCGGACGUUGGGGAUCCCUCUAGAGAAGAAGCCCCCCGAUAAGAACCCGGCGACGGGGCCGAUGGCGUUGACCCUGACGGAGGAGGGGGAGGAGCAGCUGGCGACGAAAGUCACGUUCCUCAUCGGCGACUCCAUGUCGCCGGAGUCGGACACGGAGAGCCGCAGGCGGAACGUGGAGGAGGUUUUCAACGAGUACAAGAAGCAGCAGCAUCACCAUCGCCAGGGGCAACCGCAGCAGAGAGGAGCGGAUUCAACGACCGGCAACGCUCCGGAGGACCGGAGCGAGCCGGCCGCCGCGGCGCUGCAGCGGGUUUCCAGCACGAUGCCGAAGUGGAGGCCGAACUCCGUGGACGACUUCGAUGAGUAUUUCAGCCAGGAGGACCCCGUGGAGGCGAGGACUAUAGACCGCGUGGCCGAACGCCAGGAGGCCAGCACCGCGGACAGAACGCACGCCGGCUCGCUGGACCCCUCGGGGGGUCCGGGGGGUCCGGGUUCGGGCGUCUGUCUAGGUUCAGGUGGCGGAGACGCGGGGUCCGGUGGAAAGACGUUGUUGGACGUGGAGAGGAGGUGCAGGUGCGGGUCCACGGACUCCUCCGACGCCUGCUGCUGCUGCGCGGGGGGGGGCUGUUCCGCCGGGCGGGACGCCGGUCUCCCCUCGGCCGCGGCGGCGGCGGCGGCGGCCGGCAACGAGGACCAAAAGGGCAAAGCGGCGCCCGUCAACGACUGGGAGAUGCCGCGCAACGAGAGCUCGGACAGCGCGCUGGGCGACAGCGAGAGCGAGGACACCGAGGACUGGCAGGAGGAGGUGACGGUGCCGUUCCCCGGGUCCAAGCUGGUGGAGAACUACUCGAAGCCGAGCAUCGCCAACUUCGGCCUGUCUCUGUUCGGAGGCUACUGCCCCACCUACGUGCCGGACUUCGUACUGCACGGGUUGCCUAGCGACGAGAAGCUGCGGCAGUGCCUCGUGGAUGAGCUAACCCACGCCGUCCAGCACCCGGUGCUGGACGAGCCCAUCGCGGAGGCCGUCUGCAUCGUCGCGGACACGGACAGGUGGACGGUGCAGGUGGCGAGCAGCCAGCGGCGAGCGCCGGACGCCACCAAGCUGGGGAAGGAGGUGCUGGUGUCCAGCCUGGUGUCCAGCCUGCUGCAGUCCACCCACCAGCUCUACAAGCUCAACCUCUCGCCCAACUUUUGUAUAAUGCACCUCGAGGACCGCCUGCAGGAGAUCUACUUCAAGAGCAAGAUGCUCGCCGAGUAUUUGAAGGGCCAGACGAGAGUCCACGUGAAGGAACUGGGCAUGGUCCUAGGGAUCGAGUCCAGCGACCUUCCCCUGUUGGCCGCCGUGGCCAGCACCCACUCCCCCUACGUGGCCCAGAUCCUGCUAUGAGACUAAGGACCCCCCUAGCCCCUACCGCUGUAAUGCCGAUGUUUCACCACAGGGGGGGGCACUAGAGACCACACUCCCACAGAAGGAGACACACAUUGCUGAAAUGACCUCCAGCUGUUUGAAUGUUUUUCUUUUUUUCUUUUUUUUAUGUUUGGACACAAAAGCCAAAGACUUUUUAUGUCUUUUAUUUAUUUAUAUAUAUAUAUAUAUAUAUAUAUAAUAUUUUUUCCCCCCCUGUUUGAGAAUGAAACUUUCAGGACCUCAACAGGAUGAAAUGGAUUAUUUUUUUUUCCCGUCCUCGUACAAUCUUAAACUCGAGUGACGGACUACGAGUUCAAAAGGAAACGGAGGUUUUAUUUUAUUUUGUUAAAACUUUAAAUAUCACGAGAACAUCGAUCUCAUGCCGAUUUGUCAUUUCAACCUAUUUUCAUGUAUUUUGUUUACAGGCCAAAUUUCCCUGAGAUUUAAAUUUUAAAUGUUCUUGUUUUUAAAACUUGAAAGUCACGUGACACGGCGGUGGCUUAAAAAGUGGCUUUGACAUUCUUAUCGCAGGUACGGCUCUACCUCAGAUCUUCACGUAGAGGUAAACUUUUUAAAAGGUAUUUUAAAUCAGAGGAACGUCGACUACCGCGCUGUGUUCAAGGGAAAUGAGGAAAAGGGAACGUCGUUUAAUUUCCCCCCUCGGAUGAGCGUCACGUGUGUGUGUGUGUCUUUGUGUGUGUGUGUGGGGGGGGGGGGGGAGCUAAAGACGUGCAUCAUCCACGUGUAUUUUAAAAACCAAAAAUGCUGAAAUAUUUUCACACUUUUUUUAUAAACACGUUUUUUUACGAUGUUUACGGCUUCAGAGAGAGAGAGAGAGAGAGAGAGAGAGAAUAGGGACGCCUUAUGAUAUAAAUAUAUCGGUUAACACUAUUUUCAAACACGUUUCCGUGGUUACGCUCGCGAAAAAGACAAACACAGCAGCACACAUUUGUACCCUUCUUCCGUUUGAUUCCCCGCGACGUUGACUGAUGAUUUUGUUGUUUAUGCCUUUUUUUUUUUUUUUUUAAAUAAUAAUAACCAGGGUGCAAUUUGAUCAUCUGUAAAGUAAAACCCACAGAGAGGCAUUAUUAUUAUUAUUAUUAUUAUUAUUAUUAUUAUUAUUAUUAUUAUUUAUUAUGUUAUUGUUUGUCAUCGGUUGACUAUUUUUUUUUCGUUAUAUAUCUCCUUGCUUUUGCUUUUUGGGGAAAAAUAAUUAAAACUGCAGUAUAAUAAUAUUUGUGUUUAUUCAUAAAGAUCAAUAAAACAAAAUCAACUCCGAUCGCACCCUGAAUGUGACCCAAGUCUUAACGGAGAGCUCGUUCUGUUCCUGCGUUUUUAAUUUAAUUUAAAUUUAAUUUUAAAGAUGCUCCGCUGUAUCAGCCUCACGUUUUUUCUACCAGCCUGGCCAUCGUGUUUUUCAAAAUAAAAGACUUUAUAUCCUCGUUCAUCCCUCCUGUGAGUACAUUAAUUAGUUGUGUGUGUGACUGUACAGACGCCUGUUUUUGUUUUUUUCCACUGUAUUUUGUACAGAAUGUUCUUUUAAAAAACUUGUCUCCUUUUCGGAUUAUUUUUCUUUUUCUUCCCAAUUUUAUGGGAAUGUUGUGCAAUAAAGAUGGCGACGUUAAGAAUC